AUGGAGGUCCCAACUACUACCUCAAAAGAUAUGGGGUCAUCGCCCGAGAGUUUGGGUAUAGCACCGGUAAAGCCCAAGCAAUCAAAAAGCCGAAAUGGUUGCGUUACCUGCAAGGCGAAGCGACUAAAGUGCGACGAGUCCAAACCCACUUGCCACCAAUGUCAGAAAAGAGGUGUUACUUGCGGGGGGUAUAAAAAAGACUUUAAAUGGAGGGCAUUUGAAGAAUCCGCCUUAGGAGGCAAAGCUCCAAAAUCAUUACGAAAAAGUACUGGUAACGGGGUGUCAAAACCUAAGAAGAAUCCACCUCCUCCGCUUCUGCCAGGCACAGCCUUUUUGGACCAGUCCUUUACAGCCGCCACAGGUCCUCCCCGACGGUCUCCCAAUGAAUCAAUCUAUGAAACUCCCUCACCAUCUCCGUACCAGGUGCAGUUUUCCUCAUUAUACCAGUUCUCUCCGCUUUCGCCAAAUUCGUCACAAUUAAAUAAUAGCCUCGAGGCCAAUGUGUCAUUCUUAUCGCCUCAACCUUUACAAUUUCAAGUUCCAUCACCACCUGAAUCUACUCAUUUGCAUACAACUCGUUCUCGGUCUAGUGCCGGGUUUUUACCGUUUGUCCCUUCUGAAAUCAAUCCGGUUUUUGUGAGUGGUAGGCGCAAUAUCCACGGAAUGUGCACCAAUCUAGUUCAAGGCUCCAAUUCUGUGAACAAGUCUAUAGGGCCACCACUUUACCUUAACCCUCUAGAAGAACAGAAUGAUUCUAGUUUUAUGAUCAAUAAAAAGGAGGACGGUGUUCAGGAAGAGGUAGAGGGCGACCAUGAACGACACUUCUAUAAUUCAGUGGUACUGGAUGACAUCGGGAUCCCCACAAUCAUCAAGGAAGAAGUUGAUAAUGAUAAUGAUGAUGAUGAUGAUGAGGUUGUUGAUAUAGUUCGCACAGAAACCCCGAGAGACUGGUUGUUUAGACGUCGCUGCUCACUUUCGCCCUCGGCGUUUUCAACACAUUCAACAAACUCACAAUCCUCACGAGAAUCAUUUACCAGCGUUCAUGAUAUCUUUCGCCGUCCUACGUUUGACUUCAACGCUCCAGAGAUGCUGCUCCUGCAUUUCGAUAAAAACACCUGUGGUAUCAUGUCUGUAAAGGACGGUCCCACAGAGAACCCAUGGCGGACGAUGAUCUGGCCCUUGGCCACACAAUCACCAGCUCUUUACCAUGCAAUUGCCUCGAUGACGGCUUUUCACAUGUCGAGAGAUCGACCAUCCCUCCGUGUAGAGGGAAUAGAGCAUAUGCGUCAAUCGGCUACAGCAUUAGCUCAAGGCUUUAGCAGAGGCACAAUCAGAAACGAUGCGGCAUUAGCUACAACAUUAGUGUUAGCGUUUUCUGAGGCCUUUGAUCGUCACACAUCCAGUGGUACAAAGCACCUUCGAGGUGCAAAUGAAUUAGUAAAUCAGGCUCUGGCUAAGUUUCGAACCUCUGAGUCUAGCCCAGAGUCUAAAAAAAUGUUCUCGUUUCUGUAUAACGUUUGGGUUUAUCUUGACGUUUUGGCCCGGCUUACUGCAGAAGAUGACAAUGGUGUCCAGACCCUGGUGCAUGGACCGUUGUCACAUACUAAUCAAGUUGACCCUUUACUUGGCUGUGCAGCGACCUUAUUUCCAUUGAUUGGGCGUGUUGCAAGCCUUGUACAGAAAGUACGAAAGACUGAUAAAAAUUCACCCCUAAUCAUUAACGAAGCCAUGGAUAUCAAGACUCAGUUGGAGAAUUGGGUCCCAGAGGCUUAUUACGAGGAACCUCAGGAUCCGCUCAGCGAUGUAGAGCACUGCGUCAAAACCGCGGAAGCCUACCAAUAUGCCACGCUCCUCUAUCUUCACCAAGCUGUACCAGAGUUACAGUCCCCAACUGCCCAUGAAUUGGCAGAAAGAGUAAUGCAGGCCAUUGCAACAAUUCCCAUGAAGUCUAGAAGUUGCAUCGUUCACAUAUACCCACUCCUUGCUGCUGGUUGCGAAGCGGUAGGCAAGGAGAGGGAUUGGGUUAAUAGUAGAUGGGAAAACAUGUGUAGUCUCAUGUGGAUCGGCAAUAUCGACAAAGCGUGGGAGGUUGUGAGGGAAGUCUGGAGCCGACGUGAUUAUUUUGAGCUGGAGCGGCAUCGGAUGCAGACACCGCCGUCGUCAACGUCCCGAUAUCAUUCGCCUCCUAUAGAAGAACCUAGCUCGAAGAUGGUCUCUGGUGGUGGAAUGGAAAUUACUGACUAUGGUGUUUGGGGGCCCCAAGCAGACAGCGAAAACAGUAGAUAUAAGAAACUCCGGAUAAUGGCGUGGUCGACACCAGAUCCGGCGAUCAAGCGCAACAAGAGAACGGCUCUGGCGGUGGGACAUGAAGAAGGCGAAUCGUGGUUUGAGUUCACAGUACGAGGCAAGCUACAUUGGAUCAGCGUCAUGAAGGACCGCAACUGGGAGGUUUUGCUGGGAUAG